CCUAUUCCAGCGUGAACAACUCCUCGCCGAUCCAGACCGGCAACGGACUACCAUGGGGCGGAAUCGGCGGGGGAAUAGGAUCUUUGAUCAUAUGCUGUAUCUUCGGGUACUGUGUUGCCAAGGCCUGCGGUGGUGGUCGUAGAAGCGGCUCUUACCCAUCAUCUUCUGGACAUUCACGUCGUGACAACACCUCAAAUGGAGUAGAUGAUGAUCGAGAAUGGAGAAGGCAACAGGCCGAUGAUUUAUUCCGCCAGACUCGAGAAGAUGAAGAUAGGAGAAGGAGGGAACAAGAUGCGCAGGAUGCGAGAGACAGACAAGACGAAAUCAACCGGCAGAACCAGCAGUACAAUUAACAAGACUUUGGUUUAGGAAUUUCGAGAACUCGGGGCUCUGCUCAAGCCAGAGCAGCGACCGCUCGCUGAGGUUCAAAGACGGAAAUUGAGUCUGGCGGGCAAGAACGUGAUCAGAGACUUCAGAGGAAGUU